CUGAUGAAAUACAAGUCUGUUGUGUGGAGUUAUUUCUUCUUUUGUAAAGCAAGAAAAAGUGCUUACUUCAGGAACUUAGUUUAUUUCACAUUUUAUGCUUUUAGUGCGUCAAUUGCCCAAAUUAUGCGUGACAUAAUUUUCUUAUAUUUUUCUUCGGUCGUUGACGCAAUCUCGCGUUUUAGAUAUUUGGGUUAUUUUUACAAAGAUGCCUUUAAUUCAUAAGGGAGCUUUAUAUUUUGCUCAUCACCCACAUCAUGCUAUAAAAGAGGCGUAAGAAAAUCGUGCAAACCCACUCCGAUUGCUAAACGCCGCCUGGGCGUUCAGGAACAAGGAAUGAAAUUGCGGGUUUCCGUUCAAAAUAAUUCGUAAAGUUGAAGAAUACAUGAUUCGAUCAUUACCGUGUGAAUCUAAUAUAGCUUUCAAGUCGGUAUUUCCUUUGCAAGUUCGAGAAGAAACUGGCAAGACAUUUUACAGCAAAUGAAAGAAUCUCUUACAAAUUAAUACAGAUUUCAGUUCGACGUUGGUACAACAUGACUUACAACAAUACUACUACCACCGGCGGCCCUGACCUUGACUGCAUGCAUUCAACCGAACUACACCUGGCGGUACGAGUGGCUAUGGGAAUCAUUGCCGUUCUUUCCAUUUGUGGCAAUGGUCUGUUAAUCUUGCUGUUCCUCCGCAACCGAGUUCUCUUACGAAGCUCAUACAACGUACUGAUCUUGAGCCUGGCUGUCACGGACAUGACAACAGGAAUAGGCCUGAUCCUGACACCAACAUAUAUCAUAGGAGUCCACAACUUUCCAAUUCCAGGAGGCCUCGCUGGAGAACUGUUCUGUCGAAUAGUAGUAUCAUACUACCUCGUGUUUACACUGGGCAUUGUUUCAGUGUAUACAAUAACAUGUUUAUCUCUCGAGCGAUGGUUUGCAGUCGCAAAACCCGCUAAGUACAGGGCAGGUUUCAAAAGUUACAGAAUCUACGUCAUGGUGAUAACGGUGUGGCUGGUGUCGUUUCUAUUUAACGCCCCUCACCUUUUCGAAAUGAAACUGGCGCCUGGUAAUCACUGUGUAUGGGUGUCUCUCACAGAAGGCAAUGUCAGAAAAGGAGUUGCGCUGGUUGAGUUUCUGGGAAAGUUUUUUAUACCGCUUGUAAUCACGUCUUUGUCUUUUUUGAGCCUCUGGAUGAAAGUCAAGGAUUCACCAGCUCUGUUUCAAACAAAUAAAGGCAAAGCUGGCGUACGUCUAUUGCGCAUGUGUGCGAUCAUUGCAGUGGUUCUGGCGAUUUGUUGGUUUCCUAACCAGGUUUACUAUCUGUUGUUCAAAUUUGACAUCACUCAGAUGGACACAACUGCACAUCAAGUGACGGUGGUGAUGUGCAUGGGAAAUUCCACCUUAAACCCGUUCAUCUACUGUGUAACUAACCAAUCUUACAGGAAACAUUUCAUGGAAUUUCUUUGUCCGUGGAAAUCACGCUAUGGUCUUGAAGAGACUCGAUCUGACGACAAGCAAGUUCAUAGAAUGAGUAGCAGUACUACGGUACCAGUACAGCCACAGUUCAUCCCUCGAGUGGCAAAUAUGCCUAGGAAUAACGAGCAUUAUUCACGAAGCGUCUCAGAAAUUCGUAUAUAAGAACCUCUCAUAGGAGGGUGCAUAUAAACUUUAUAAAAGUCCUUUCCCAUAAUAUCUCCGAUAUGACUGCUAUGCUUAUUUUGGCGCUAAUGUUGAAAGUAAUUUUUGUGAAGUUAUAUCAUAAAUUGGAAACAUUGAUAGGAUAUCUGAACAGUACAGGGUCAAAUUUACAACAUGAGCAAUUCAACGCUUCUCUGUUAAACAUGCGCCAAUAGGCGUGAACAGAAGUGAAGUGGUUCAACUGAAAGAAUACUCUUCUAUCGAUUUUUUUCUUGUAAUAUUAUAUUUAGCCAGAUUUUAAAGUACAAAUAACGAGGAGAAGGUUGUGUUCAACACAUCAACUGUCUUGAGCCAAAUAAGCUAAAUAGGCUUCAUAUUUGUUUAGAAAGAGCUGUUAAUAUAUUAAAGAACUAUGUAACCUCAAAAGCAAAGGGAACUCAAGACAAAAGGCGAAAUACUCAGAUUGUUUUUACUUUAUUUUACAGACUCAAGAAGUCUCUUGGUUUGAAAUAUGCUGACAGAUUUUAAGUUUUCAUUCUACAGAUUUGCCCCUUAAUUUUUUUGGUGUACUUGACUACUGUUCGGGGUUCUCGUUUGUCAUGUCUUCUUUUUCAUCAAAAGCUGCCUUGAUG